AAAUAUGCAGAGAUAAAGAGCGCACAUAGAAAAUCACGAAGAUGCCGAAGAAAAAGCCAACCCCGGUCGAGGACUUGAUAAUACCUCCGCAGGAUACGAAAAUAUGCGGAACGAUAUGUUUGUGUCAAAUGACUCUAGUGUUGAGUACAGUGGCUAUUGUUUAUUUAACUGUUGCGAUUUAUGUACCGUCGACCAGAGCCAUGAAGUCUGGCAUACUGGAAGACCCAGUUAUGUGCACCACGACACGUGCAGUGCUUGUCGAAAAUUGUGAUUGGGGUUCUUGUGGCGAAUGGUGCUUGAGUAAGACAUCGGGUUCCUGUCUUCAGAUCUACGUGAAUCUUCGACACAACGGGUCUAAUUUGUUUUGGGCGAAUUGUACAAAUGCCGCGAAUAAGACUUGUUACGGUAUAGACCAAGAAAACGCGAAGAAGAGUAGGUGCAUCUCCGACGAAUGCAAAAACUUAACUGGUACCUUCAAUUGUUCCUCGGGGACCUGCAUCAACAUCACAGAUGCCUUCGAAUGCAUAUUCAAAGAAACAGAUCCGCCUCUCAAGUGUUCAGGUAGACGUGGUAAAAUCACCUGCAUCGAUUUAGACGGCUUGUACAGUUGCAACAGAGGAAUAUGCGAAAGAAUUCGCACACCAUAUAAUUGCGAUCGUCGAUGCGUUGAUAUACCAACUAGAAACAAGAAUAUUAUCAUUUUAAGCGGUGACAAAGUGUUUCUAUCGGAAUGUCAGCGUGCUGUUGACCUUGACAGGAACGAGGAGAUUUGGAACGAAUCUCAAGACAAUAUAAUGAUGGCUUCGUGUUAUAACAUACAAAAUACAACUUCCGGUAUCUACGCUGUGGAUUGUGUUAAUGGUUCUACCUUGCCGAAUAACAUCCUGAGCGAUUUGACCAACUUUACGUACUUGAGUUAUCUGAGCAUCUUCAACACCAAGAUCUUGGAUGAGAGGAGGUUGGUAGCUCCUCCUGAACCUGACCUACUCAUCGCGAAUGAGAGCAAGUUGCUCAUCAACCUGGAGGGCUGUGUUAACACCUUAAGGGAUGAGUGUAAGGAGUUCCUGAGGGUGUAUGGUAAGGAUGGAACUGACCACAAUGCGCGGGCAAGGUUUCCUUGUUAUUAUUCUGCCGAUAAUACCGAUAUCGUCGUAGCGAGGUUCAAUUUAGAAACGACUGAGAAGCAGUUUUUGAUUGCUUCUUUGCUGCCAUCCGUGCUCUUCGUUGUAUCGUGUCUAACGUUAAUUUUGUGCCAUAAGGCCGUAGUUGUGGGCGAUGAUGCCAAAAUGCGAUUCAAAGGCUGUGUUCAAUCUGAAGACGACAGUCAUAGUAAAGACGGUAAAAUUAUGACUGACACUGGUGGAGGCAACUCUAUUAUGGCACUUUGAGAUCAAUCACGCAUUCCCCUAUUGCUGGAUCGUGAUUAACUUCGUCCAUCAAAAGGGGGAGAGCAGGAAACCCUAAAAGUAAAGGAAAUAUGGCCGACACUUCGAAAAAGAAAGAAUUAACAGUAAUUUCCGUCGCAGAAUCUGCA